AUGAUCCAUGAUUGCGCGGAAAUAUGGGAGGAGGUGACUGGUGUUGACGUGGGAGAACACACCGUGUGGCUUUGUUCUCUGCGAAAAACAACAGGUAGAUCACGGAAAGAAUCUGAGGAAGAUAGAUUGUGUAAGAAGGGAAGCGUGAAUGAGGAGUAUUUAGAAGCAUUCAGAACAAAGUCUUACAUCGAAAUAUGCAACAAAGCACAAGGGGGUCUUGGAAAGACAAGCACCAAAAUGCUAAAUUCCUCUUCAUCAUCAUCAUCAUCAUCUUCUUCAUCAAUUCCCUUAUGCAUGCAGCUUACGGAGUACUUGCUUGAGCCACGGCAAGAGACGAUAGCAAACAUGACGAAGAGGUUGAGGCUGCAUCAUCUUCUUGUGGACUACUUCGAAGCCACCUUGGAAGCGUGUCGUUGUUGUGACACAAUCCUUGAAGCCAUCCAUUCAAUGAGACUUGCUUAUCGAAGAAUCACAAGAAUUAUUAAGCUAAGCAAAAUGGUCCUUGAUGCCAAUAAUGACCAAACCCACAAAGAUACCAUCUAUAGAGAGCUUUCUUCCUUUGCUUUGCAAAACAAUCCUUUCUCCAUUGGUAGCACCGUGCAGUUCCGUGACAUUCGCGACAAGUGCGUGGAACUUCUACGUAGACUGAAACAAACGAGAACGGAUAUUAGAAGGAGGUUGACACGGAAGAGGGUCUGCAAGAAGGUUGCUGAAGCUGUUCUUGUUGUUUCUCAUAGUGUGGUUCUUGUUGGUUUGUUAGUGUUUGCUUUUCAUAGUAUAGUUGGGGUGGUGGUAGCACCGAGUAUUGUGAGUGGUUUGGUUGGUUUGUUGGUGAAGAAGGGUGGUGAAAGGGUAGGGUGCAGACCUUCUGAGAGGCUGUGUGAGCAACUUGAUGUGGCCGCAAAAGGGGUUUACAUUCUGAUCAAUGAUUUGGACACAAUGUGUCGGAUGGUGAAGAGGUUGCAGGAUGAGGUGGAGCACAGGAAAGUGGUUGCUGAGGUUUGUGUGAGGAAUGGGAGUCGGGAGAUUCUGAAGCAGAUAACGAGGGAGUUUCAUGAGCGUGAGUCUAGCUUUCUGGAGCAGUUGGAAGAGCUGGAGGGGCAUAUCUACUUGUGUUUUCUCACCAUAAACAGAUCCAGGAGGCUUGUGGUGCAAGAAAUUACAGAGAAAAAGUAA